CGCUCGUUUGUUUCUCGAACGCCCGGAGGAUGAUACGUCCGCGGCUCUAUUGAUACUUCGCUGGCAGCAGCAGCAAAUCGCACGCCAGCACUCGAGCGCAAUGAUGUCUGUGCUCAACUCGGCAGCACUAGCAGUGCCACAACAUCCAGAGUACAGCAAACCUUCGGAGAAGAACUUCUGCGGUGCCACCAUCAGGGCUAUUGCUGAGCAUCAUUGCCAAAAUAAAAAAGAGAGAGGCAGCGCCAUAGCCGCAAAGCGAGAGGACGGACGAGACGCCAUCAGCCAAAUCGAAGAACUUUCGCAGCAGGCAUUUUGCCAGAAUCAAAACUUUUCCAGUGAACUUCUGACUGCCUUCCCAAGUGGCCAAAACCGCAUGUGGACAAAGCAGAUGAUAAACGAUACCGUCAACGACAUUAACGGUGCGUUCGGGUGUUGGAGAGCCGCAAACCAGCUGCACCAAUUUGUCCAAAAUCUGACAUCGGCGAUUCGCACCACUGCGUCCGCUGUCGAAAUUUUCAACAGGGGAAGUGUAGCAACCAACUCCAGUGGGUCAGCAGCCGCAACGCGUUCGCAAGUGCAACAAACACAAAGGAAUGUCGCAGUGAGCGCUAGUUCAAGCAAUACCAGAGCUUCUCCAAAACAAGACUACGGCGGGCCGCCACAUGGAAACGGACGAUGGCGCAGGCACUUCUCGUUUACGGAGUCAGUAGAAGCGGAUUUCCUUUUUCAGCAGCGAGAAGUGAGUGCGGGCUCCACCUUGACUCAAACGACGACUCAAAGCACACCCGCUUAUGAAAAGAAAUCUGAUCGUGUCAUCGUGCCGCGCUCCACUAAUUCAACCACCUUGGGAGAUCCUACUGAUAUCGCAUCGAACUCACCAGAGCGGGCAAUAAUUACACCACUGAGCACCUCUGCUGGCUCGACCAAAAGCGGUUCCGCGCAGCCGCAACGUUUUGAAGAUACGCAGUCGCCGUUUGAAAAAAUCGACUGUGGCGGUGCACAGUACCGGCAGAUGCAUGGCGAUCAAAAUCAAGCAGCUGAAUCCGCAUUAAGCGGCCUUUUCUUCAUGCCCUCCCCUAACGGCUUCUGGGACCACCUGAAACAGGCCAACGAAAAGGCAGAGACCAAACGUCGACGACGGGGUGCCAGUCCUACGAGCAACAAAAACGUUCAUUCGGCGCCCGCUUCUAGUCGAAACGUAGUUGCAACCGCGGACGAUCACGACUCUUUUUUUUCUACAUCCUCGCUGCCGCGGGCACAAGUUGUGCCAAGCUUGCAAGACAUUGCCAAUCAUCUGCAGGAAGACCGUGAGAGGAGCUGGAGUGCAGCGAAGAAAUUCUUGAUCGGCAAAGAACUGCUUCAACGUGUGCCUCAGACAGCUGCUGCACAUGACGAAAUGGAGCGCUAUAUGAAACGUGUGUGCGCUGACAUGCAGAUCCACAUGCGUAAAGCUCGAUGUGAUGUCGAACAAGAAUUUCACAGCACAAGACUGUCUUCGGCCUCUGAUGGCACUGCAGCUCCGGCUUUCGCCUGCGGAAUUUUGGCGCCAAUAACACCCGUACCGCUUGCACGGUGGUGGUGUCGGAAGCAACGAGAAGUGAACUGCAUUCGCAGAGGUGGGAAUUCUGUUGAUCAAAGGUUGCUGGGGCUGCUCUCGUGCGUGACGACGUAUCUUCUGAAGGUUAGGCUUUACCAGAGGGCAAAGCGCAUUCUUCUAUUGGUGUCGCAAAAUGACUGGAGUACGAAGUUGCAGCAGGAAGUAGACAAUAUUGGGUGGACCGAACCAGAGCGGUAUCCCGGCGUGUUAGCAUUCGAGGUGGACAACAACCUUUGCGUGUGGGAUAGCCAAGCCGCUCUCAUGCGGGAGUUCGCCGGAGCUACAGAAAACCAGUUGACUCAGUGCUCCAUGGGACAAGGCAAAACGGCUGUGGUCAUGCCCCUGCUGCCGGAAUUAUUGUGCGACGUCACAUUGUCCCGUGCCUCAGAUAUCGACUCAUGCCCAGGAUUCAGCAAGCGCCUCACUCGCGCGACCGUCUUGCCAUCGCUGCUACCCGACAAUGCCAGAGACUGGCAGCACAAGCUUGGUGGAAUUGUGAACAAAAAAGUUUUUGCGCUUCGGUUCUCGCGGGAGAGGAACCAUUCGCAAGGUCAGUGCUAUAAGUUACUUCUGGAUCUAAAACGCCAUCAAGCUGAGGGGGGCAUGCUUAUCAUGACGCCGGAGGACCGCAUGUCGCUGGAGUGCAAAACCAUCGCACUGGCGUAUCACAACAAGGCGAAGAAACUCGAGCGGCCAGAGGCCACAAGCUUUUCCGGUGUUCUCGACGUAGCGCGCUUUCUCGAGGAUAACUGCGUAAACAUACUGGAUGAGUGCGAUGAGAUGUUAGCGCCGCGCAAUCAGCUCGCAUACACGCUAGGUGAUGCAAGCGCGCUGGAUGGCGGCGACGAGCGCUACGCUGCCGCUGCUUUAGUACUACGCUGCGCUUCGGCGGAAGGCGAAGCAUUGUUAGCAGACCCGGAGUUUGGCAGAGACGUGAUCGAAAUUGAAGGAGGUGCGCCGGGGCGGCCGCAGGCAGGGCAGUUUACUCCAUUGCGUCUACUGGAUCACCCCAAGCAGAGUAGUGCCUACGGACGGCUGCAGCUGAAGAUUGUGAAGCAGGUACGCAUACGCCUCCUUGAGCGUUACCGCGAGGAACAUCUGUCCGAUGAAGAUUUGAAAAACUGGGAACACGCAGUCCUGCAGGAGCGGCCCGCAAACUAUUUUGCCGCACUGCCGAACGAAGAUAUAAGAAAGCUUGCGAGAAUCUAUCGCGGCCUGUUGCUGUAUGGCGUUUUGAAGAAAGUCCUUACUAUGCGCUAUCGAGUGCAGUACGGAGCUCCGAUUGGGA